AAGUGGUAUCUGCCGUUCGUGGUGGUUCCGGCGAGCGAGGAAGUCGCUUUGACACACAUUUGAUUUGGUUAGGUUCGUCGGAUCACUAACAGAAGAUGGAAAAACGACGCCAUCUCUCUUCCAAAUUCUCCUCUUCCAUGGCCCAGAAUCAACUUAUCGAUUCCCUCACAUCUCACAUCGCCCUCUACCACUCCAAUUCUUCUUCCUCCUCCUCGUCCUCGAUAGCUAAUAAUCCUAGGUCAGCGAUCCUCCGAUGGUUCUCUUCUCUGAGCGUCCACCAGCGCCUCUCUCACCUCACCUUCGUGGAUCCCAAGUUCGUCAAAAUUCUGCUCCAGAUGCUCGGCUAUAUCCGCACCAAGGGCCACGGCUCCUUCAUCAUCCUCCCAGACCUCCCUUCCCUCGACCUUCCCAGUCUCUGCUUCAAGAAGUCUCGUGGAUUGAUCUCCCGCGUUGCCCUCUCCAACGCCUCCGAGCGUUCCCUUUUCGACUCCACUCGCCUCUUCGGUUCGAAACAAGGGGAGGAUUGCUCUUGCUCCCUCGACUCCGUCGUCAUGGCCGAGGAGCUUCUUGCGAACGUGGAUCACUUCGUGGAGACUAUGGACGCUUUAUCCAAUGGCUCCUUCUUGAGAGGGGAAGAGACUGAUCUCGGCUCCUCCGAUUGGGUUGAGCUGGAGUGGCUCAAAGCCAAGGGAUAUUAUACCAUGGAAGCCUUCAUCGCUAAUAGGUUAGAGGUAAGCUUGAGAUUAGCUUGGUUGAACACCUCCAAUGGGAAGAAAAGAGGAAUGAAACUCAAAGAGAAAUUGAACGCUGCUGCUGCGGCUGCUAAUGCUUACUGGAGGACUAAAGCAUGUGUUGACUGGUGGCAGAAUCUGGAGGCCGCCACACACAAGAAAAUCUGGACCUGCUUGCUCGCCAAGUCGGCAAAAUCUGUGAUAUAUGAGAUUCUUAGAGAAGCAAAUCAAGCAUCCCAGGGAGAAAUGUGGCUCUUCAGUUUUGGUGCAAGGGAAUGCCCUUCUGACAUGCUUUUGGAAUCAAGGAGACCUAAUGCCAUUGCCAGUAAUCUAAGUGCCUUACACGUGCUUCAAGAAUUUGCUUCAUUACUCGUCUUAUGUCAAAAUGGCUUACUUUCAGUACAAAGUGUCUUCUUCAGCUCAUUGGCUUCUCUCCCAACCUUGGUUGAUUGUAUAUUAAGAAAACUGCGGGGUUUUCUUAUGGUAAUCUCGGUUGAUUCUGUUAAACUUGAGCUUCUUGAAGAAAAUACUCCAAAGUGUUCCAAAAGUUCGUCUUCCAAGCAGAGCUCUGGUUCAACCAGCCGUAAACACAAAGGAAAGUCCGGGAAUAUGAAAAAGCCAACCCCUGAGGCUAAAUCGGAUAGAAACAUAAAUUUGUCCGCUAAGAAAGAUCAAGCUAAGUUGGAAUCUCACAAAAACAAAGAUGCGGUAGAAUGCAAGAAAGCUCCUACAUCAUCAACAAUGAUCAAUUGUUCUAAGGCCUCUGCAGCAAAUAUGGAAGCUGUCCCAGGAUUGGUUGCCGACAAAGGAAGAGCUAAAAAGAAAAGGAGAGACAAGAAUAAGAAUAAGAAUAAAAAGUGUACAAGUUUGGAAAACACCAGGGUAGUGAAUGAGUCCGUAUUGAAUAGUUCAGCCAUCGAAAAAGCUCCCGAAUGUGAAUCAAAUUGUACUUCUGCCAAGCAGCUUCCUCAGGAGCAUAUAGAUGCUAAGAGUAUUGGAGUUAGCUGUGAUAGGAAUGGUCCAAGGGAAGGUGCAUCUGGGAAUGAUGCAGUUAAAUGUGAGAAUUCUGGAGAGGAAGAAUUGAACGGAAAGGCUGGAACGUGUGUGAUUUCAUCAGUUUUGACUUCUACAGAUUCUGCCGGUACUUCAAGCUGUGAUAACGUGAACUCUCAAAAGUCUUGCUGUCCAGGUGAACGUAAAGACAUAUUGUCAUCGUCUAAUGGACGAUCCAGAACUCUAGAGGAAGGGGAAUCCCAGCGGAUCCACCAUCAGAGAAGAGAAGCAGCAGGCUAUGGUAUUGCCUCCAGCAGUUCAGAAUUUGUUUCUUAUGAGUGGCCUGCUAUAGCACCCAUGUACUUUCCACAUCUUAAUUCUCACCUUCCAACUGCCACUGAUAGACUGCACCUUGAUGUUGGUCACAAUUUGCAUGCAUAUGUACGCCAACCUUUCGUGUCAACUGUUCAUCAUGCUAGGAAUCCUUCAAUUGAAGGUACCCACAAACAAGUUCUUCCUCGACCCAUGCCCAUGAGUCUAGAUUGGCCUCCCAUGGUUCAUAGCAAUUGCGGCUUGACAACAGCAUUCGCUUGCAAUUAUGAUUCUGGAAUUCUUGUGGACAUUCCUGAACAGAAACAUAAGCCCGAGCUAGGGAAUGAAUGCGAGAAUAAUUGGAUGUUGGAGGAAGAUUUUGAGAUGCACACUGUUUCUGGAGUAGACUAUAAUCAAUAUUUCGGUGGUGGAGUGAUGUAUUGGAAUCCUUCUGAACAUCUAGGGACUGGCUUUUCUCGCCCUCCGUCCCUUAGUUCUGAUGAUAGCUCUUGGGCUUGGCAUGAAGCUGAAAUGAAGAGGUCGGUUGAUGACAUGGUUGCGUUUUCGUCUUCUUACAGCGCAAAUGGACUAGCUUCUCCAACUUCGGCAUCAUUCUGUUCCCCUUUUGAUCCCUUAGGCCCGGCAAACCAGCCUCUUGGUUAUGUUGUGCCAGGUAAUGAGAUAUCUACUAAAGUACUGCAAGCUCCCCCAACAACAAGUGAAGCUGCUGCAGGUGAAGAGGAGGUCUCUGGAACUUUGACUAGUUUAUCUGGGGAUGUUGAAGGAAAUUCUGGAGACUCUUUUCCUUAUCCGAUUUUGCGGCCUAUCAUCAUCCCAAAUAUGUCGAAAUCUGAAUACAAGCGUAGUACAAGGCGCGAGCAUCCUCGUAUAAAGCGACCACCAUCACCUGUAGUACUAUGUGUUCCACGUGCUCCUCGUCCACCACCACCUUCACCUGUGAGCAACUCCAGAGCACGGCGAGGUUUCCCAACUGUGAGGUCUGGAAGUUCAAGCCCAAGACAUUGGGGUAUGAGAGGCUGGUUUCAUGACGGUGUAAACUGGGAAGAACCUUGUGGAGCCGAGGUUGUUUUACCCUGGAGGAACAAAAGCCUUGCAGUCAGACCAAUCAUUCAACCUCUACCUGGGGCCCUCCUUCAAGAUCACUUAAUUGCAAUGUCGCAACUAGGCCGAGACCAGGAGCAUCCUGAUGUGGCCUUCCCUUUGCAACCACCCGAGUUAUUGAACUGUCCAACGCAAGGGGAAUCUCAAUCAUUGAUACACGGUCUUCUGAAUGACGAGAUAGAUUCUUUCUGCAAGCAGGUAAUCACAAUACCUUUUUCCCUUCAUAUACUUCAGUCUUUGAAGUUUAUAUUUAUAUUACCUGGGUUGGCAAUUAUUCGAAUCCUUUUGAGUCAUAUACUGCUCAUAAAGGUUGCUGCAGAGAAUAUGUCCCGCAAACCUUAUAUCAAUUGGGCAAUCAAGCGGGUUACCAGAUCUCUCCAAGUUCUGUGGCCCAGGUCUAGGACGAACAUAUUUGGCUCAUCUGCAACUGGUUUGGCCCUCCCUUCGAGUGAUGUGGACCUUGUGGUUUGUCUUCCUCCAGUGAGAAACUUGGAACCUAUCAAAGAGGCAGGAAUUUUGGAGGGUCGCAAUGGUAUAAAGGAGACAUGCCUUCAGCAUGCAGCCAGGUAUCUCGCUAAUCAAGAGUGGGUAAAAACUGACUCCCUGAAGGCGGUUGAAAAUACAGCUAUACCAAUUAUCAUGCUUGUUGUGGAAGUCCCUUGUGAUCUGGUAUGCAGUAUACAGUCACCAAAAGAUGGCCCAGACUGUAUCACCGUUGACCAAGACAGCAAUAGUAACACUGAUAUGGUUGGAUUUGAAGACUCUGCAGCAGCAAACUCUUUACGGACAAAGGCUGGAAACUUCGCAAAUGCAAAAUGUGUCCGUCUUGACAUCAGUUUCAAAACGCCAUCGCAUACGGGUCUUCAAACCACACAAUUGGUGAAAGAUCUGACAGAGCAGUUUCCAGCUGCCACACCACUUGCUUUGGUGUUAAAGCAGUUUUUGGCUGAUCGUACCCUGGAUCAAUCAUACUCCGGUGGAUUAAGCUCUUAUUGCCUGGUCUUACUGAUUACACGUUUUCUUCAGCAUGAGCAUCAUCUGGGGCGCUCUAUCAACCAAUAUUUUUGCAGAACAUUGGGCGGCUUCUAAUGGAUUUUCUUUACUUUUUUGGUAAUGUUUUUGAUCCUCGGCAGAUGCGUGUCUCAGUGCAAGGAAGUGGUAUCUAUAGGAAUCGGGAGAGGGGUCAUAGUAUUGAUCCGAUACACAUCGAUGACCCUCUUUUUCCAACAAAUAAUGUCGGGAGAAAUUGCUUCCGUAUACAUCAAUGUAUUAAGGCAUUUUCUGAAGCGUACUCUGUUUUGGAGAAUGAGCUCACAUGCAUUACUAGUUCUAGUGAUUCGUGCGAAAAACAGCUAUACAAGUUACUUCCAAAAAUCAUCCCAAGUAUCAUUUCAGCAUAGGAAUCGACAUGGUGUUUUAUGUGGUGUACAAUGUCUGGAAGUUGCAAAAUGCUGAUUGAUAAUGGCGAUGAUCGCAACUGCCUUGGUUAAUUGCGGAUUCGAGGCUGGGAAGCUUACUUACACGAGUCCAAAUUGUUAUUGAAGAUAGGCCUCCAGAUUUGCUUACAUUGUGUUGUUGAUGUACGAAAACUACGUGGCUUGGUCAGUAGCCUAACCAACCAAGUAAGAAAAUGCACUGGUUGAAGCAAAAGAGCCGUAUAAAUGUUUGAAGACUGGGACAGACUGACAACACGCCUGAGCGGGAGGGGGGAAGCUUUGGGAGGAUGGUUGAAUCACGGCUCUGAUCUGAGGGAUGAUGUCGCAAUUUUAGAAAACUAGUGAUAUCGAGGUAUGGUCAAGCCUAUGUCUCUCAACAUGAAAUUGUUAAUUGUGGCGACCGUUUCUUCAUUUGAUACCCACUGAUACUAUUGGGGUGAAUCGAAGCCUAUGUCUAUAUGUAUGAUGGCCACAUUCCUUUUGUUCCUUCUUUUGCCAAAACAAAUAAGGAGAUAAUUGAAUACA